GCCAAGGGUGGCGCAGAAUAGUCCUUAUCCGUGAGAAGGGCGUACUGUAAUCGGCACAUCCAAACAGAGCGCCGCCCCCUAAUUUUCAACCUCCGACAAGCAAAUAACUGAACCAACCGAAACAGGAAAAAACAAAACCCAUUACCAUUACUCACAGACAAAGAGACCACUUUCUCUCUCUUCGCAAACCCUAAUCUCUCUCCAAUCUCUUCUUCGUCUCUGCGUUUUAGGGUUUUACGAGCUUCACAGAGAAGAAGAAAAUGGCGGAAGCUAAAGAGUCGACUUCUGUUCCGCUUAGUCAAGGUCAAGUCGACUCCGAAGAUGAAUCCAAGUCUCCCCCUAAUUCCCCCAACUCCUCCACUCGUAAGGCUUGUUAUGCUGUUCUUCAAAGUUGGGUCUCGAAGAAGUUCAUGACUGGAUGUGUGGUUCUUUUUCCUGUCGCUGUUACUUUCUUCAUCACAUGGUGGUUUAUUCAGUUUGUAGAUGGCUUCUUCAGUCCGAUAUAUGCCAGACUUGGGAUUGAAAUAUUUGGCCUUGGAUUUAUUACGUCACUACUAUUUUUAUUCUUAAUUGGUAUAUUUGCUUCGUCGUGGAUGGGUGCCACUGUUUUCUGGCUGGGCGAAUGGUUUAUUAAAAGAAUGCCAUUUAUGAAGCACAUUUACUCAGCCUCCAAACAAAUUAGUGCCGCAAUCUCUCCUGACCAAAAUACCACGGCUUUCAAAGAGGUUGCAAUUAUCCGUCAUCCUAGAAUUGGUGAAUAUGCAAUCGGUUUCAUCACAUCAUCAGUAAUUCUCCAGAGAGAUGAUGGAGAUGAGGAAUUGUGCAGUGUUUAUGUCCCGACAAAUCACCUCUACAUCGGUGAUAUUUUUCUGGUGAAUUCUGAAGAAAUCAUACGGCCAAAUUUGUCUAUCCGAGAAGGGAUAGAGAUCAUAGUUUCAGUCGGUAUGACGAUGCCACAGGUGAUUUCUCCGAUCGAAAGGAUUCCUCAUCAUCAAAGUGAAAGGAUUCCUCUAAACAGAAUAAUGUCCCUCUGAACAAAAUAAAUAAUCAAAUACAAAGAAAUAGGUGGAUAAGCAUGUUAAGUGCAGCUUUACAUGGAAAUAGAUUUCUUUAUCCUAAAGCAUAUAUUACCUACUUCAUGGAAAAGACCUUCAGGUUUACAUGCAAAUCUUCCGAACUGGGCUAUUUUUCUUGGCCGAAACUAUAUGUAUAGUCUGCUCUCUCUCUCUCUUUCUCUCUCUCCCGAAAGUAUAGGCUUAGUAAUUGUUGUAUCAACAAAGAAAUAACCUUUUUUUCUUUCAACGUUAGCACAACUGUGACGCCUAACGAAACAGAAAGAAGAAAGUGAUCGCCUUAACACUUGAUUAAGAAAAAAAUAUAUAU